AUGAAUCUCCUAAUACGGCGCCAUCACGGUUCUUUCGCACCUUUCAAGCUCCAACCGACCAUUGAACGCGACAUUAAAUCUCUCUGCAAAAACGACCUACUUUUCGACGCCAUACAUCUCCUAAACUCCAUUCCUUCCCACAAAAAUUUCACCCAAAAACCAAUCCUCUACGCUACUCUCUUGCAAACUUGCACAAAGUGCCAGUCAUUCAACCAUGGCCUCCAACUGCACUCGCAUGUCAUCAAGACUGGACUCGAAACCGACCGAUUCGUAGGCAACAGCCUGCUCGCACUUUACUUCAAACUAAGCUCCGACUUCAUCGAAACUCAACGGGUUUUCGAUGGACUGUAUUUUAAAGACGUUGUCUCUUGGACUUCCAUGAUUUCGGGUUUUAUUCGCGUUGGGAAACCAAGGUGUUCGCUUGAUUUGUUUAAAGGAAUGUUGGGACUCGGUGUUGAACCAAAUGGCUUCACAUUGUCUUCGGUGAUCAAGGCGUGUUCGGAGCUGGGAGACGUAAAUCAAGGUCGCGUAUGCCAUGCGAUUGUCUUUCGACUUGGUUUCGAUAACAAUCAUGUAAUUGCUAGCUCAUUGAUCGACAUGUACGGCAGAAACUACACCCCCUAUGAUGCACGUAACCUGUUCGAUGAAUUGCUUGAACCAGAUCCCAUUUGUUGGACUACAGUAAUUUCCGCCUUUACAAAAAACGAUCUGUUCGAAGAAGCAUUAGGUUUUUUUCUCUCAAUACUAAGGAAGCAUAAAAUGUCGCCAGACAGCUACACAUUUGGAACAAUUCUAUCAGCUUGUGCGAACUUAGGAAGAUUAAAGCAAGGUAAAGAAAUUCAUUCCAAACUCAUCACUUCUGGAAUCCAAGAUAACGUGGUAGUGGACAGCAGUUUAAUCGACAUGUAUGGUAAAUGUGGCUCUUUAAACGAAUCCCGCCAAAUGUUCGAUAGAAUGUCCAAACCAAAUUCAGUAAGCUGGUGUGCACUCCUUAAUGGGUAUUGCCAAAAGGGUGAUUUCGAUACUGUUAUCAACCUUUUUAGAGAAAUAAAAGAGGUCGAUCUUUACAGUUUUGGAACCCUAAUUCGCGCAUGUGCAGGGUUGGCAUCUGUUAGACAAGGAAAAGAGGUUCAUUGUCAGUAUUUAAGGAAGCAUGGAUGUCGAUACGUUAUCAUAGAAUCAGCUUUAGUUGACCUUUACGCAAAAUGUGGAAGCAUAGAUUUUGCUUAUAAACUCUUUAAACAAAUGGAAGUUAGAAAUCUAAUAACAUGGAACUCAAUAAUCAGUGGGUUUGCUCAAAAUGGGAGAGGUUUAGAUGCUAUUCAGAUGUUUAAUGAUAUGAUGAAUGAAGGAAUGAAACCAGAUGGGAUUAGUUUCAUUGGUGUUCUUUCUGGUUGUAGUCAUGCUGGUUUGGUUGAUGAAGGCAGAGAGUAUUUUAUGAUAAUGAAGAAAAAGUAUGGAAUUGAAGGCGAUGUUGCUCAUUAUAGUUGCAUGGUUGAUAUGUUAGGGCGUGCUGGGCUUAUUGAAGAAGCAGAAAGUUUGAUAAUGGAGUCAAGAUUUGAAGAUGAUAAGUCUUUGUGGACAACACUUCUUGGUGCUUGUAGUACAAGUAGUGAUUUUAUUGUUGCAGAAAGGGUGGGUAAGAAGAUGAUGGAGUUGGAUCCGGAUUAUCAUUUGAGUUAUGUUCUUCUGAGUAAUGUGUAUAGAGCGAUUGGAAGGUGGAGUGAAUCGGAUAAGAUUAUUGGCGUUAUGAAAGAGAGAGGGAUUCAGAAAACACUUGGGAAAAGUUGGAUAGAUAUAGAUGUGUAG